AAAUGACGUGGCGCAUCGGUUGCAUGGGAUAAACACUCGCCAAAUUAUAAUUGCAGAUUGCUAUCUACACAAUUUCUGAUAUGGGUUUUCAAAUUUGCAUGUGAAUGUUAAAAAAUCUUAUUUCUUCAUCUUCAUCCUUGCAGAUUUGAUUGGUGGGUGCUUGUUUUUUCUUAAUCCAAACAUGGGUCUAACAAGACCAAGAUUUGUGAAGCCUAAGGGGGUUGAUGAGCAAUCAAACCCUAAUCUUUAUAUAGCAAACUGUGGACCAGCUGUUGGAAUUUCUUAUGAAAUGAUUGAAUCAGUGUUUAGGAGUUUUGGUGAAGUCAAAGGUGUUUAUGCUGCUGAUGAGAGUGGCGCCCGUGUUAUUGUUUCGUAUUUCGAAGUUGGUCCUGCUCAAUCUGCUUUUAAUUCAUUGAAUGGAAAAUCUUGUCCUCAAUUUGGCGGCCGCUCUUUGCACAUUCGUUUCUCAGCUCUUCAACCCACUGGUGAGAGUAAGGUGAAUGAUUCAAUCCCUGUGUCGCUGGUGGCUUCAGAAUUAAAUAUUCCAGGCCUUUGCUUGUUGCCUGACUUCGUCAGUGCAGAAGAAGAGCAGGAAUUGCUUGCUGCUGUUGAUGCUCAGCCUUGGAAAAAUCUUGCUAAAAGAAGGGUUCAACAUUAUGGAUAUGAAUUUUGUUAUGAAACAAGGAAUGUUGAUACGAAGAAACAGUUGGGAGAAUUUCCGCCUUUUGUUUCUUCUGUACUUGAAAGGAUUUUCUCAUUUCCACAACUUGGGGAGUCUGCAAAUUUGGUCUUGGACCAACUUACUGUUAAUGAGUAUCCACGUGGGGUGGGCUUGUCCCCACACAUUGACACCCAUUCGGCUUUUGAAGGAUUAAUUUUUAGCCUUUCAUUAGCAGGGCCUUGCAUAAUGGAGUUCAGAAGAUAUUUAGAUGGUUCAUGGACUCCUACAGCUUCAUCAAGUACUGACAGGAUAGUUGAAAGUCAUGACAAUGGCACAAAUUUAGUGAGGAGGGCUAUCUAUCUUCCUCCUCGGUCUAUGCUUUUAUUAUCCAGGGAAGCACGGUAUGCUUGGCAGCAUUACAUUCCACACCAUAAGAUUGACAAGGUAAAUGACAGUGUCGUAGAAAGGGGUUCAAGAAGAGUAUCUUUUACUUUUCGAAAGGUACGAGAUUGUCCUUGCCAAUGUGAAUUUCCUCAAUAUUGCGAUUCUCGGAGAUGAACAUGUUUUGAUAACGUUUGAGGAUGCAUUAGGAAACAACACUCUUGUUUUGACAGACUAUUGUUAUUGUCGGUAUAGACGAAAACUGUCAUUCAUUUGACUUAGAUGAAGAUCCACAUUCCACACUGCAAAAUAUGAGGCAAGCUGGUCUUGGAAGGACAGGCUGUAUACGUAGGGGUGUGAAAAAACGGAAUUGAACUGAAUAAUCAAACAGAAUGGAUAAUACUCGGUUAAGUUUUUGACAUUAUUAAAAAAUCAAUUUUUCAGUUCAGCCGUAGAAGUGAAAAAAAAAAAAAAAACGAUCCACAAGUGUGAAAGAUGGAAAAGAAGGGAGCUAUAAUUGUUCUAAGUUGAGGGACUUUGUUUCUCUUGCUUGACAAAGUAGUUACCGAGUUUCCUUCUUUAAAUUCAUAGGAUAAUUGAUUUCUCAACUUAAAUGUCAAUUUACUUCUACAUUUGUAGUUUAUGCUAAACUAACUCCAAAAUUAAUUUGAUUAUAAAUUAACUCUUUUAAUUUGUUCA